AUCUAUAUGAUGAUUGUACUAUGGCAGUUAAUUCAUAUGAUUGCGAUUACAAUAAGCCCUACUCGCCAGAAUCUUUGGAACAUGGUAACGAAAUGGACACAUCAACUUACACUCCAUCUCCAGUGCAGCAUUAUACUUCUGCUGUUGCCACAUCGUCUAAUACUCCCGGAAUGCAGCUGGAUGAUAAAACUGAUCACAAACUUUCCUCAUCAAGUAUUAUUAUCGAUAUGGACGAUGGUGACGAUGAUAAUUCGUCUCAUAGUGAUUCACCAAGCUUUAAAGCUUCGUUGCAAACUGCGGAGAUCGAAGGAAAUGAGAGGGUGAUGGAAGAAGAAAUUGAAAUAGACGAUGAAGGCUUGGAAGAAAUCAUAGCUAAUGUUUUGAUUGAGCAAUUGACGGGUGGAAGUGGAAGUGAAAGUGAAGUACGACGUCGGCCAUACAGUUCAAUUGGACCGGAUUGUGAUGAACUGCGAAAUAUGCUUGCCAUUGCUGUACGACAAGAAAAACAAGCUCGGGAACUUAGGAAGAAGCGAUCUCAUAUGUCUGGCGUUGGUUGGUUAAUUUCAAAAUUAUUCUCCAUAAAUACACCAGCAGAAAGCGGGAAAAAGGAAAGAGUUGUGCUUGAUCGGUACGGACGAAAAGUAGAAACCAGUAGAAAGGAAAAUC